GUCUGCGCAAUUCACUGGGUGUUUGUUUUCCCUUAUCCUCGUGCCCGGUUUGAUUUUUCGUUUGCUGCGAAAACAAUACAAUUGCAACCGAAAUGAAUACACCUGCGUUACACCUUGCGGAUCCAAAGAAACUUCAACAGGUUCUUGAAUUGUUACAAGGCCUUGUCCUAACAGCAGAGACACAGAAGAAGAUUAGGGAUGUUUUCGAGUCUGAGAUGGAACUAGGGUUGGCCAAAAACCCUCCUGUGCCCUCUUCCUUGCAGAUGGAAAACACUUUCUUGCCUGAACUCUGUGAUGGCUCGGAGGAGGGAGAUUAUUUGUCUCUAGAUCUCGGAGGGACAAACUUCCGGGUUAUUUGGCUAAGCAUCAAGUCUGGUGCUGUGAUUAGUGAAGAAGUUCAAUACUACCAGGUGCCAGAGGAUGUGCGUCUGGGGCCCGGGGUCAAGUUGUUUGAUUUUCUUGCCGAAUGCAUCCACAAUUUUAUGGAUGACAGGCAGCUGAAGGGACAGAACCUGCCGUUGGGCUUCACAUUCUCCUUCCCCAUGACCCAACGUGGACUGGAUGUUGGCAUCCUAGUCUCUUGGACCAAAUCUUUCAACUGCUCUGGUGUCGUCGGCGAAGAUGCCGUCAAAAUGCUCAACGACGCUAUUCACCGACGUAAAGACACUGACGUGGACGUUAUCGCCGUUUUGAACGAUACAACAGGAACUCUGGUGCAAGGAGCUUUCGUAGACAGAAAAUGCGCCAUCGGGUUGAUUCUCGGCACGGGAAGCAACGCUUGUUACAUCGAACGAGCUGAUCGCAUCGAAAAGUGGGAAGGGAAAGAUAAGGACGUCGAAGAGGUCGUUAUAGAUGUCGAAUGGGGUGCUUUCGGCGACAAUGGUGUGCUCGACUUUAUCAAAACAGAAUACGACAAAGAAGUCGAUCGAAAUUCUCUGCUUGUUGGAUCUUUCACGUUUGAAAAGCAUUUUGGAGGGAAAUACCUCGGCGAAAUUGUGCGUUGCAUUCUAGUUCGUCUGACAAAAGAAGGACUCCUCUUUCAAGGCAAUGCAUCCCAACACCUCCUACGACACGGCGCCUUCACGACUCGCUACGUUUCGAUGAUAGAAGAGGACAACGUGAACGGUGUCGAUACCAACACUACCACUGCAUUGAAAGAGCUCGAGCUAAGCUUUAAUCAGGAGGACAUAGACAUCGUAAAAUACAUCUGUUGGCUCGUAUCAGACAGGGCAGCCAUCCUCGUUUCCAUCUGUACGGCAUCACUUUUGGAGCGGAUGAAUCGACCGGAAACGACAGUAGCGAUUGAUGGAUCUCUCUUCAAGCACCAUCCUCGUCUUAAAUCAUUCAUGGAGAAAUACAUUGCCGCCAUGGCACCAGCAAACAAGUUCAAACUAAUGCUUGCCGAGGAUGGAAGUGGAAAAGGUGCUGGGCUUAUAGCAGCUAUUGCCAGCAGGUUGAAGAAAUUACAAGCCAAGGCCAACUAAGAAAAAGAAUUAAUCAGUUGGCUAUUACAUUCCAAACACAGAAUUAUUUGUUUGUCUUGUGAAACAAAAACAUAAAAACGAUCAUGAAAAUUAUAAACCGUCUAGUUUUCUCUCCAGUGUACUUCCAAUUCCAUCGAUACAAGCUAUUCACACUA